AUGCUCUCUGCAACUCACCACGUCUCCUACUGGAUCAUCUCGGCCGCGGCCGCAGCCAUAUACCACUGUCUCGUCUCCGUGCUGGAAUGCCCCAGUGACUUGUUCGAGGUGUUUCUGAUUCCGCUGGGCGCCUACGCAGUCCACGUCCUCUGGGCAGGCCAUGGCCCCAAGGCGAGGCCGGCUGUUCACAUCGCUGCCACCGGAUGCCUUGUCCUCUCCCUGGGCGCCGCGGCGAGCUCUUUGCACAUGCCGGGGGUCGAUGUGACGCAGAUCCGGGGCGGCAUCCACGCCCUCCUGGCCUUUUCAGUCCUUGGAGCUCUCGAGCACAAGCGACAAGACCGAGACGAUAUUGAGUCGUGCUUCUUUCCGGGCUUCUGCACAUUCCCUCGCCUACGGCAGGACACAUCGGCCAACUUUUGGAGGCGCACCGCCCAGUACGCUUAUGCAUGGAGCUUCUCGGCGGGCGUCAUGGCUGGCCUUUUGAACCUCGUCUGUCUGGGCCUCAACUGGGCUUAUGGGUUGGACAUGUCGUGGUGGAGCAUAUGGCGCGGCUACUUGCGCAACCUGCCCGACGACUUUGCCAGCGCUUUCAUGCUCUUACGUUGGUUCCCGGACUGGAUUCCAAAAUCGAAGCAAGAGCUCAACCCACAGGAGAGGCGGUCGGGGCAGUUUGGGCACGAGGCUGUGACGGCUUCGAAGAAAUGGCUGACGAUUAUGCUCCUGACCAUGGUGCUUAGAUGGGGCAAGCGUCGGGCGGGAUGGGACAAGGCUUCGCGUAGAGAGUAG